AUUCACAAAAAAACUCAAUGAAACAAAAGAGAGAGAAGGGGAAAUCUGAGAGCAUGAAAGAGGAAAUUCACCAAUCGCUGGCUCCCCUGGGCAAACAACUGUCUGAGCUGCGAGAAAAACAAGUCCUUUCAAAUCAGCACUUUAAAUCUGGGUCUGCAGGGCUCCAUUCCCUCCCCUCUGGUGACUCCGCUCCUGCUGCAAAUCACAGCCACUGAGACCUUUCUGCAGCACCUAGAAAAUUAAGACUGCACAGUCCUCCAUGACAACACACAGUUAACAAAUGGACCAUAGGAUGAGAGGUUACCUGGAUCAGCAAGUGCCUUAUACUCUGACAAAUAAUACUCAAGGGCAUGGAGAUGUAGACCGAUAUUGUAUGGCUAUCAAGAGAAAAUUAAUGGAUACAGAUCUCCCACCCCAAGAAUCUGAAGAUCUCUUCCAAGAUUUAAGCCAAUUCCAAGAAGCCUGGUUAACAGAAGCUCAAGUGCCAGACAGCGAUGAACAGUUUCUGCAGGACUUGCAGUCUGAGAACCUUGCUUUUCACAGUCCUCCAGUGAAAAUAAAAAAGGAACAACCAAGCUCUUGUUCAGACCCCAGUCUUUCGUGCAGCCAGAAACAACAAUUUCAGUAUCGGAAUGGGGAGCAGUGCCUUUAUGCCAGUACCUAUGACCAAACAAGACAAGUUGAUAUCAAGUCUCCAAACCAAGGUACUCAUGUGUCCCCAGUCCAUCACUUUUCCAGACAGGAUCGGGGGUAUGUCAAUCCACAGGGCACGUCACAGCCUGUACAGUCAGGAGGAUAUCUCAUGGAGCAUGGCUCCCGAUACCAACAGCAGCUGCCAGAGAUGUGCCACUCGUUUCCAUCUACACAGAACAUGAGUAGGGAGUCUCCAGCCAACUACCAGCGCCAGGUGUCUGAGCCAUGUCUCCAGUACCCACAGCAAGGCUUCAAACAGGAGUACCAUGAUCCCAUGUAUGACCAGGCUAACCACAUUGGUACCAGCCGAGCUCACAGAUACCCUUCCAGUGUGAUAAUCAAGCAGGAGCAGACAGACUAUGCAUAUGAUUCAGAUGUUCCUGGGUGUCAGUCAAUGUAUCGGAAUGUGGACAGCUACCCAAACAUGGAUGGUUACAGCUAUGAGAAACCCAUGAGAACCUUCACCGAUGAUGCCUGUGUUGUGCCAGAAAAGUUUGAAGCAGGAGAUAUUAAACAAGAAGUUGGAACCUACAGAGAUGGCCCUCCUUACCAAAGACGAGGAUCUUUACAGCUAUGGCAGUUUCUUGUGGCUUUGCUGGAUGAUCCCUCAAAUUCCAACUUCAUUGCCUGGACCGGCAGGGGCAUGGAAUUCAAGUUGAUAGAACCAGAAGAGGUUGCCAGACUCUGGGGCAUGCAGAAAAACCGGCCAGCCAUGAACUAUGACAAGCUCAGCCGGUCUCUACGCUAUUACUAUGAGAAAGGAAUCAUGCAAAAAGUGGCUGGCGAACGCUAUGUCUACAAGUUUGUUUGUGAACCCGAAGCUCUCUUUUCUCUGGCAUUUCCUGACAAUCAACGUCCUGCCUUAAAAUCUGAGUUUGACCGACAGAUCAGCGAAGAAGACACUGUCCCUUUGUCACACCUGGAUGAAGGGGGCGUGUACCUUCAGGACGUGGGAACUGUCCCUUCCCAAAACUAUAAAGGCGGCUACAGUUACUAGAAAUGGCUGCCAUGUAAUCUUGUAUAUAUGGGUACAUUUUGUUAGCAAUCAUCAUAUGAAUGUAGAUGCUUUUUUGUUCGCGUUUUUAUUGCAAGAACCUGGUGUUUAAAUAACAUGGACUUUAGCAGGUAGGAGCUGAAGACGACCACUGUUAGUUUUUGAAACCCAGGUUAUAUUUGGGCGUUUGUAACAUGGCCUUUUCCAGAUACACUCCUUGGCUGUGGUGUAUUUGAGCACCAGAUUUUAGAUUUCUCUUAAUACAGCUAAGCUUACGAAUGGUUGAUUAUUUCAGGAAAUGCAUGUCCUCCAGCAUCAAGCGUUGAAGACACAAUCCUUUCCUUCAGACUUUUAUUUUUUAUUUUUUUAAAGAGACCUUUUCGGCGGCAUUUAUUUUGUAGGAAAGGAUUUUGUUGAGUGGAUUUCAACUAAGUUGGCAUCAAACCAGUGCAAUAAUAUUGGAAUCUACCAAUGCUAAUGUUUUCUGCCUUUUUGAAAUUAAAACAGUUUGAAGGAA